UUUAAUUAUUCUGACCUUUGCCCAUAGACUAUAUCUCUAUUAAUAUGCACGUGCACACUCACACACACACACACACGCACAUAUAUAUAAUUUAGUUUGCUGCAAGGAAGAGAAGCUUUGUAUUUGGUCAGAAAAAAAAGAGACAAUAUGUCUGUGUCUGUUGUCUUGAGGAAUCCCUGUCAAAAAACUGGAGAAGGACCUCAUUGGGAGGAAAGCACUAAAUCCUUGCUGUUUGUGGAUAUUGAACCUGGAGGUAUACACAAGUGGAAUUCUGUGGACGACACACACACCAAAUUUAAUACUGAUGGAAAGGUUAGUUUAAUUGUUCCUUCGGAAUCUGGUGGUUAUAUCGUAUCCAAAGACACAAAACUUGCAAGUUUUGACUGGGAGAGUCAACAGGUGAAGCCAUUCGUUGAUGUGGAACCGGACAAACCAAAGAAUAGAUUCAACGAUGGUAAAUGUGACAGCCAUGGCAGACUGUGGGCAGGUACAAUGGAGGAAUUUCUGGGUGAACUAAAAGCGACUGAAGCUGGACAUUUAUACCGCCUUGAUAAAGAUCGGUCACUGCAUACCAUCAAAGAUAAGAUCAAUAUAUCUAAUGGUUUGGCCUGGACAUCAGAUGACAAAACCAUGUUCUACACCCAUUCUACUCCAAGAAAAGUGUUUUCCUAUGACUAUGAUAUUUCUACAGGGGAAAUGUCUAGAGAACAAGUGGUUGUUGAUUUUGAAGGCAAAGAACUCCACGAAUUUGGGAUACCAGAUGGAAUGGCAAUCGAUUUAAAUGACAAGAUAUGGUUGGCUUGCUUUGCCAGUAGCCAAGUAUUCCAAAUUGACCCAGAAACAGGUAAAAUUCUGAUGUCAGUCAAGUUUCCCGCGAGUCAGAUCACUUCCUGUUGUUUCGGAGGCCCAAACUAUGACGAACUGUAUGUGACAUCAAGUGCUACCUUUUUCACAGAAGAACAGUUACAAGAUAAAGAGAAAUUUGCUGGGAGUGUUUUCAAGGUCACCGGGUUGGGAGCUAAAGGUAAAGCAGCUCCCAACUUUCAUGGAUAGUCUACAACACUCUCCAGGUAUCUAUGGUAACUGAAAAACCACAGAUGCUAUAAUUAUGUUUGUUCAUGGAUAUCUUUAUAUAAAAUCAAUAAUGAAAUAAAUGAAAUUCAAGAGAC